GGCAGGUCAAAUGCAGCAUUUCCUGUGUUUGGCGCAGCUUGAUGGUGGCGCAUUCUAACAAUUUUCUGGGAGCUUUGGGAGAGGCAAUUGUGCAUGCAACUUAUGUUCAGAAACGCCAGCAUUGCUUAGCAACGAGGGGCGCUCAGCCAUGGCCAAUUCGACGGCCUCCGCUCCGCUGUUGCACAGUUCAUUGGCUGCGAGGGCAUGCAAGUCAUCCCCUGCUACCUCAAAGACUGGGUUUCCUGUUAAAUGCGUCGUUGCAAGACAUUGCGCCAAUCAUUUCAACGUGUCUGCAAUUCUCCGCAGGUCAAGCAAACCCUUAAGGUUCACACAAUUCGCAACCGGUACUUCGCCGGCUCACUUUGCCAAUCUCUUCCACACCUCCCCCAUCACUCCCCUCUCUCACAAGAAACCUUGCACUCCUCCUUCCGCUUCCCAAUCAGCAGUCUCCCAGCCCCUUGAGCGGAGAAAACCCCUCCCAACAGGCGAAAAUGCUGAGGGCCUGAUCUUUCCCGCGGGAGAAGCGGGGGCCUGGGACUCUCAUGCAGUGGGAGGCCCUGUUGUGAGGCGGUAUCUCAGCGACAAUGAGGAGCGGUGGUGCAUGUGGUACCACGGCAGGGCCUCUUCUGAUGAGGGAAAAGCGAUGCCGCUAGCGGACCCCAGCUUUGGGAGCCUGGGGCUGGCGACGUCGUCGAACGGCAUUCAUUGGUCGAGGGGCGGCGAGAAGGUGGUGACGGACCAGUACGGCAACGGGGGCACCGGCAUGGUGAUGGAGCCCAAUCAGGACUGGUGGACUUUUGACACGCGCCAUGUCCGUGUGUCGGACGUCCAAAUCAUGUCCAGUCAAGUGGUCCGAGCUCAGUCCGGCGUCUACUGGCUGUACUACUCUGGGGGCGACGCCGAAGAACUCCCCCUGCCCGAGUUGCUUUCAAUGCCCGGGGGAUCCCCUCCGGGCACUAUCGUAGAGGGACUCCGGCAGCGGCCGGGCCUUGCAAUGAGCCAGGACGGGAAGAACUGGGCGCGCAUCGAGGGGGAACACCACUCGGGGGCGCUUUUUGACGUUGGAGAGGAGGGCGAGUGGGACGCGCUCUUCGUUGGUUGCCCGCAGGUCGUCUUCUACGUCCCCCAGGACCUGCGCAUGUUCUACCACUCCCUCGACACGAACAGCAACACCUUCAGCAUCGGUCUCGCGCGGUCUCGCGAGGGCGUCCGGUGGCAGAAGCUUGGUCGGGUGCUCCAACCGGGCGACGCUCCCGGGGCGUUUGACGAGAGAGGGGUCGCCGCUCCCCACGUGGUCCCCGACCCCCGCGGCGGGGGGUACUUCAUGGCGUUCGAAAUGGUGGGGGGGGACGGGCGGCGGCGCAUCGGCGUCGCGAAGUCGAAGGACGGGUUGGGGUCGUGGGCGAAGGCGGAGGGCGUCGUUUUCGCACCGUCGGAUGUGACGUCAGUGUGGGAUAAUCAUAGUGUUUGCAGGCCGUGUUUGGUGCCCAUGGGGGGCGACCGGUGGCGGCUGUAUUACGUUGGGUAUGACGGGGGCGGGUCGGCUGGCAUCGGCAUGGCCGAGAGCGAGGAGGGGGUGAAAGGGCCGUACCGGCGGUGGCGGCAGACGGACCUGCCGAGUGUGUAAAGUUAAACGUGCAAAAUUGUUUUGCAUGCCGCCUCCGUGUGUUGAAUGCCAGUGCACAUGCUGUUGGAAAGAAUGCACUGGUUGAGACGAUCUAGACCCAACCGUGCCCUGCGUUCUGAGCUGGAGAUGGUAACAUUCGCCAUAUGCUUG